CAGGUGUUUAUUUCCCAAAUAGAAAAGUCCUAAAAUCCUAGUUUAAAGCGUGAACGCGUCUUGUUGGUACAGUAGGCGGGACUAGAUCAAGCAGGUUUAAUAUAGCGACGACACCCAUUUUCCUCUAGUGUGGAGAGACGGAAGGGUGUGUUUCAGAAUCUGGUUUCUAUUUGCACCAAUAAUGGUGAAGAUCUUUGUUGGGAACCUGCCACCACAGGCCGAGACUGAUGAAAUCCAGGUACUGUUCUCACAGUAUGGAACAGUCACAGAAUGUGCGAUCAUCAAGAACUUUGCGUUCGUUCAUAUGGAGGAUCGGAAGAGUGCAACAAAGGCUAUCAGAAGCCUUCAUUUGCACAAACUGCAUGGAACAGCCAUUAAUGUUGAAGCAAGUCGUGGCAAGAACCAGGGUCCAGUGAAGCUACAUGUGGCCAAUGUAGAAAAGGGUGCAGAUGAUGAGCUCAAGGCCUUGUUUGAAGAAUACGGUACAGUGACAGAGUGUGCCAUAAUAAAAAACUUUGCCUUUAUACACAUGAGCAACUCAGAUGAGGCCAUGGAUGCAAUAAAGGGUUUGGACAACUCUGAAUUCCAAGGCAAAAGGAUUCACGUUCAAAUCUCAAAGAGCCGACCGCGAGGAGAGGAGGAUGGUUAUGGCCCGCCAGAAACAGGAGGCUAUUGGCAGCCCCAGUUCCCUGGUGACCGACCUGAGCCAGGUCCCCCUGGCUAUCCUAGUGGCCGCUUUGGUCCCCCUCCUGGGUCCCAUGGUUACCCACCUGCCCCUCCACCUCCACCACCCCCUCCGCCCAGACGUCCCCCUUUUCCAGACCGUACCUAUCCUUCAUAUGACCGUGAACGUGGGGGUAACGGUGUGGUGGAUUAUUAUGAGAAGUAUCGCGCUCGCCCUUACGGUCUUGCUUCGUACGACGACCGCCGCCUGAGCUCUAUUCCGCCGCCCCCGCCUCCCCCUGCAUCUGCCGUCAUGAGAGAACGCCUGCCCGCUCCCACUCUUGACCUCUAUGAGCGACGCCCUCUUCCUCCCCCGCCGUCCUCGUAUUUUGCCCGAGAUCGUAGUCCUGUCAGAAGGGCUCCACCAGCCCCUGUGGCACCUACGGGAAACGGCUAUACAUAUGAGCGCUCCCGUCUCUCCCCUCUUUCCAUGUCUCGGACCCCAGUGUACAGUGCGCCUCGUACAAGGGACCCCUACACUGACAGGGUGCCGCCGCCGCCACCUGCGCGCUACACAUACUAAAGUGAAUCCCUGCACUUGUGUACCUAAGGUGUAAAUUAUUCGACAAGAUUCGUCGUUGUCGGCUCCAGGUGCACAUGGCGCGAUACACCCCUCGUCUGACGGAGCGCGUUUCGUUUGCCUGCGCCUCACUUUUUGGAAGAGUUCUAUUACAGACUUCACGCUUUAAAUUUAAACGAUUUUACUCGGCUCGAUUUCGUCCUCUUGCUUGAACUGUAACUUUUUGCCUGUUCUUUGUUCUGCUUGUUUUUACUAUGUAGAAUUCGAUAGGUAAUUGAACUAUUGAACUGACCGCACCAAGCAGACAGGCUGAAGUUUUAGCUUCUGUUAAAAUGAAAAUACUAAAAGCUGUUAAUGGUUCCCAGUGCAGUUCCACUCUCAGCAGUCAAAACUUAUGUACAUUUUGUGGCAUUUCUGUAAAGUCAAAACGUUUUGUUCAAUUUGAAGCCCAUUAUUGGUUAGGUCCUGUAAAAACCUGCAAAACAAGUGCCACGUCUUAGUGUAGAAUAAAUGGGUACACACGUGCGCCUUGCGAUUAAAACCUAGUUUAACAGAUCAGCAAUAAAAACAGCUACUGGUACAAGUUCCUUUACACUGAAAUGUAGAUACGGAUUCUGGCAGCCCCUCUAAUAGGAAAAUGUAAUCUUUUAGGGAACGUUUUUGGUUUUUUUAAAUAAAAAAUCUGCCAUUAAUGCGUCGAUUUGGGUUUUUUAACAGUAGAACGAUUUAUGGGAAUAUAAAUUAGAUGAUCCAGUGACUGCCUGCGAAUGUCACGUGAACGAGUAUGAAAUUGAAAUAGUAUGACACAACACUUAAACCUGUUGUCUCGUUAUUAAACGAAUAGCAUCAACCUUAAUCUCUGCGACGACAUUUAAAGCAAGCAACGGAGCAUUCGCGCAUUAUAUUGUUCCCUGUGUACCUUUUUCCCUUUAAACAUCAAACCACCCGCUUCUACAUGCCAGACAGCAACCUGGUUUUGAAUGUCCCUCCUCCUGUACGUCUGAACUGUCACUCUAAACUUCCUGAAUGGAACUCGUCUCCUAUUAGACUCAAUCAGCCCUCCUCCACGUAAGUGUGGGGCUUGAGAAGGUGGGUUGGCAAGCUCAGGUAAGUUGGUUAUGAUAUUCAUAACCUUGCAUGCCUUUGAAGUUGGAUGUGCUCUUUAUUAAAGGUGCUUAAUAAUUGAGAGAAAGGAGGAUAGAGUUUAGGAAGUGCUUUCACUGAUUUUCUUAGGACUUGUCAGUGAAGGCUGAAUAGGUCUGGUUUCCAUAAGGAUAGGUUCAUUUAGUUUGAUUCAAUUUUAUGCCCUGGCUGCCUGGUGUUAUAUUUUCAGAACUGAGCAUAGUUUAAAAA